AGGGCGUGGCCACGGCGGCGCGUGGGUUCGCUUAGGUGACACAAUUAUAACAACUUUAUCUUCGCUGCCGAAACGCGUUUUUAUUGUGAAAUACUCACAUCCCGGAUUAUUAAACCCAGCUAUUCUCGUUCAAAUCGCGGUGCAAGAUCAGUCUGUGGUGAAAGAUGUGACGUUUGAGGAGCCACCCGGAGAGCGCUUCUGUCCCCCCGAAAGGAUUUACUACAUCGAAUCGCAUCUUUUCAUCCUGGGAAAAAAAGUUUUUCAUCGUUUUGUUUUCUCCACUUUUCCUUCUUUGAUUCGGCAGAGUCGACGGGUUGCCUCCGCGUCGCGAUUUUCCAUGCAAUCGUGCGGUGUGUCGCUCGCCGUCGCUGCCUGCGCUGCUGCUCGGAGUCUCGGCUCGGCUUCUUCUUCUAGUGGUGAUGAGGGAAAGAAAAUGGCGGCGGGAAAAGCGAGUGAAACAGAGGAGGACUUUCCGACACUGACAGCCCAGGAGAGGGACAGCCUGGUCGCGAUAGACAGCUCACUGUUUGGAUUUCAGAAGCUUCAUGAAGAUGGCGCCAGAACGAAGGCCCUGUUAAUGAAGGCUGUCCGCUGCUACGAUUCGCUCAUCCUUAAGGCCGAGGGGAAAGUGGAGCCGGAGUUAUUCUGCCAGCUCGGCCACUUCAACCUCCUCCUGGAGGAUUAUCCAAAAGCAUUAUCGGCAUACCAGAGGUACUACAGUUUACAGUCAGACUACUGGAAGAAUGCUGCCUUUCUGUACGGCCUGGGAAUGGUCUACUUCCACUAUAAUGCCUUUCAGUGGGCGAUCAAAGCAUUCCAGGAGGUGCUGUACAUUGACCCGGGCUUCUCCCGGGCCAAGGAGAUCCACCUUCGCCUGGGUCUCAUGUUCAAAGUCAACACAGAUUAUGAGUCAAGUUUAAAGCAUUUUCAGCUGGCUUUGAUUGACUCCAACCCCUGCACUUUGUCCAAAGCUGAAAUUCAGUUCCACAUUGCUCAUUUGUAUGAGAUUCAGAAGAGAUACCGCGCUGCCAAGGAGGCCUAUGAGAGCCUCCUGCAGACGGAGGAUCUUCCUGCACAGGUGAAGGCCACUACCCUGCAGCAGCUGGGCUGGAUGCACCACACGGUGGAACAGCUCGGGGACAGAGGCACCAGGGACAGCUAUGCCAUCCAAUGUCUGCAGAAAUCUCUGGAGGCCGACCCCAACUCCGGACAGUCCUGGUACUUCCUUGGCAGGUGCUACUCUAGUAUUGGGAAGGUCCAGGACGCCUUCAUCUCCUAUCGGCAAUCCAUAGACAAAUCAGAGGCCAGUGCAGAUACCUGGUGCUCUAUAGGCGUGCUGUACCAGCAGCAGAACCAGCCCAUGGACGCGCUGCAGGCCUACAUCUGCGCUGUGCAGCUGGACCACAGCCACGCCGCCGCCUGGAUGGACCUGGGCACGCUGUACGAGUCGUGCAACCAGCCGCACGACGCCAUCAAGUGCUACAUCAACGCCACGCGCAGCAAGGGCUGCAGCAACGCCACCGCGCUCGCCCACCGCAUCAAAUGUCUGCAGGCUCAGUUGAGUAACCCCCAGCUCAGUAGCCUACAGGGUAAAAGUAAAAUGCUCCCUCUUAUUGAGGAGGCAUGGAGUCUGCCAAUCCCAGCCGAGCUAACCUCCAGGCAGGGAGGCCUGAGCAGUGCACCGCAGCAGGCUUGUAAGCCCAAUCACAGUGCAGAAGGCGGGGGCUCGGGUCAGUCUCUGCCCCCUCACCUGGGCACGCUGGGCCAAGCAGAUGACCAGUCCUGUCCAGCCAAGAGGAGAAGAGCCUCCAGCCCUGCCAAGGGUGAUUUAUGGGCCAGUAAUCCAGGACAACCAGUUCCCAGCUGGUACCUCUCCCCACAGAAAAUACAGGUGCUGGAACAGUUGCGAAGUAACCGUGCCGGCCUGAAGCCCCCACAGCUGCAGAUGCUGGAGCAGCUGGAGUCUCAGCUCGCCAUGAUGCAGCAGCACCAGCACCAGAUGAGACAGAAUGCCUCAGGAGGUCAGGUGCGUCCUUCUCUCCCCAACGGCCCCACCUCCAACUCCCUCCCCUCCCCCAACCCCAGCCUCCACCUCAACCGGCCCCUUCUGGGAGCUCACCGGCCGCUGUGCCCGUCGCAGCCACUGGCCAACGGGCCCGUGGGCCCAGCUGCGACACACGGACCCUCGGACUCCCUCCCCGUGGGCGACAGUAGUAAGAGUAGUACUAACAGUAGUAGUAGUAGUAAUAAUCAGCCGGGGCCCGCGGACACAGGACCCAACGGAGACGUGCCUUACCUGCAACCUGCCGGCAGCGGCGACGCAGCACUGCUACCUCACACCUGCACAAGCACGCAAACACAGGACGCCGCGCCGCACCAGGCCCUGCACCUAAACUCCUCUCAGAGAGUGUCUGUUCCACAUGCGGCGGCCUCCAGCAGUGAGGGGGCACCCUCCCACUCACAGAUCCCCAACUCCACUGCCCCCGUGCCCCCCAACAAUCAGGUUGGACAUUCCACAAACGCCCCAUCGCCACGGCAGCAGCCACACAACCACCUCCUGUCCCCUCCCUCCCUCCCCCACUCCUCUACCUCAGGUGGAGCAGCACCUGGUGCGUCCGCUACCAAAGAUAGCAACACCGCGGCGACGGCAGCGGCGGUGUCCCUCGGGAACGGAGGCUCCGAGGGCAAGGCGCCAUCGCCGCUACCGUCGGCGGAGUGCAAAGCGACACAGGUGGACAGCAUAGCCAAUCACGUUCACACGGGUGACGGUGGCAAGGCGGCGGAAGGCGGCGAGAAGCCGAGCCUUAGCGCAGACAAUCCGAGACUAUCUGCCCUGCUGGCAGGGGGGGAGGGCACCGGCGAGGGGAAGGGCCCAUCAGAAGGGACUGUAUCCAUGGCAACCGCCACGCCCGAGUCCCACAAGAAAGUCAACAACAUCCACCCGGCCGUCCUGCCCUCCACCCCCCACGCGCAGGUCAGCUCGGCCGCCUCCUCGCCCAUCUCCGCCAUAUCCACCGCCACGCCCUCGCCCAAAUCCUCAGAACACACGCAGACGGGCGUCCACAGUCCCGCCACCACGACCGCCGCACCGGCCGUGAACGGGAACGGCAAGGCGGGCAUCUCCGAGGACUCCCAGAGCCCGAUGAAGGCCGAGCCACCCACCACCACCACCACCACCACCGGUCUUAAAGCCACGCCGCCACACAGCUCUUCGUCGUCGUCGUCGUCGUCGGUGUCCAUCUACCCCAGCUCCACUGAUGUGCUGAAGGCGUGCAGAAACCUGGGGAAGAACGGCCUCUCCAACAGCAGCAUCCUCCUCGACAAGUGCCCCCCUCCGCGGCUGCCCCCUCCUCCCACACCAGCUCUGCCCAAAGACAAGCUCAACCCACCCACACCCAGCAUCUACCUGGAGAACAAGCGAGACGCCUUCUUCCCUCCACUGCACCAGUUCUGCACAAACCCCACCAACCCCGUCACGGUCAUCAGAGGACUGGCCGGAGCGCUCAAACUGGACCUGGGUCUGUUCUCCACAAAGACGCUGGUGGAGGCCAACCCGGAGCACCUGGUGGAGGUGUGGACUCAGCUCUCGCAGCCCGCCGACGAGAACUGGGACCCGUCCGGCUCCAAGAAGAUGUGGCGCUGCGAGAGCGCCCGCGCCCACACCACCAUCGCCAAAUACGCCCAGUAUCAGGCCGCUUCCUUUCAGGAAUCCCUGCGGGAGGAGAACGAGAAAAAGGCACUAAAGGAGCCUUCAGACACAGAGCCAGCAUCAGCAGAGAGUGUUGCACGUAAAAGAAGGGGGCCCUUAAAGCACAUCAAGUUUGGAACCAACAUCGACGUGUCGGACGAGAGGAAGUGGAAGCAGCAGCUGCAGGAGCUCAGCAAACUCCCCGCCUUCGCCCGGGUCGUGUCCGCCGGGAACCUGCUCAGCCACGUGGGUCACACCAUCCUGGGCAUGAACACGGUUCAGCUCUACAUGAAGGUUCCGGGCAGCAGAAUACCAGGUCACCAGGAGCACAACAACUUCUGUGCCGUGAACAUCAACAUCGGACCUGGAGACUGUGAGUGGUUCGCCGUGCCGGAGCCUUACUGGGGGGUGAUGAGCAACUUCUGUGAGAAGAACAACAUUAACUUCCUGAUGGGCUCGUGGUGGCCGAACCUGGAGGAUCUGUACGAGGCCGACGUGCCCGUCUACCGGUUCAUCCAGCGUCCGGGCGACCUGGUGUGGCUCAACACGGGGACCGUGCACUGGGUGCAGGCCAUCGGCUGGUGCAACAACAUUGCAUGGAACGUGGGGCCUCUCACUGCUCACCAGUACAAACUGGCCGUGGAACGUUACGAGUGGAAUAAGCUCCAGAGCGUCAAGUCCAUGGUUCCCAUGGUGCACCUCUCCUGGAACAUGGCUCGUAACAUCAAAGUGUCCGACCACAAGCUGUUUGAGAUGAUCAAGUACUGCCUGCUGCGGACGCUGAAGCAGUGUCAGUGGGUGAAGGAGGCCUUGACGUCGGCCGGUAAGGAGACGGUCCUGAGGCCGAGGACCAGGGACGAACCGGCUCACUACUGCACCAUCUGUGAGGUGGAGGUGUUUAACCUGCUGUUUGUGCGCCGCGAGCUCCUGUCGAAGAAGCAGCACGUGGUUCACUGUCAGGACUGCGCGAGGAAAGGCAGCGCCACGCUGGACGACUUUGUGGUGCUGGAGCAGCACAGGAUGGACGACCUGAUGCAGGUCUACGACCAGUUCACAUUAGCUCCUCCCCUUCACUCAUCCUCAUCUUGACAUUAGGCGACGUCGGGGCGGAGCCGCUGACGCCCACCACACAGGAAAAAUCCAGUUUUUCAAACAAUGUGUUGAAAGAAAAAAGGAACAGAACAAGCAUCCACACAUGCACGGACCAUUUCUGAUAUUCAGGAAAGCCAAGGCCGUCUCCCCCAACCCGCCCCGCCUUCCCCCGCCCUCGCCACUGCCCCUCCCGUAUGGCUGGUCUCCAUAGCGACGGCUGGAGGCUGAGUGUGUCUGUCUAUGCAACCUGUUUUGAAAGUGCUGGGGCCUGGCCCUUCCAAAGGGGGGCGCUGCUGCUGCCGCAGCCACCGAGCUCGCUAACAGGACUCGUCUCCCCCUCCCCAUCGCCCCCCCCUCCCCUCUAAUGACAAUGGUUCAGCCCUGUUUUACUGGAGGACUUAAUCAAAGGCGGUUGGGAACGGGGGGCCGAGGGGGGAGGAGCUCCCGGAUUCUUUAAAUGCGUGACAGAAAAAUGUUGGUUUUUUUUUGUAGAUACUUGUUAAACUGACACAACUGGCAACAACACACGUAAAAGACUACUGACUUGACAACCUCUCUCUUUCUCUCUCUCUCUCUCUCUCUCCUUCCUUCCUUCUCUUCUGGUGACAGGAUGAAAAUGUCGGCUUUGAUUUCUCGUUAUUUCCCCGCCCCCCCAGGAGCACGAGCCUAACUGCUCUUUUUCUAUAAUAGAUAGUAAUUUUUCUGACUCUUUGGACAGCAAAAAUCCCCCCCCCCCACCCACCCCUCUUGAAAAAAGAAAAAAAAAAUUUGUAAUGUGAAGAGUUUAGGUGAUUUUUUUCCUCCCUUUUUUCCGUUUUUCUUUACUUUUUAUUUGGUGUUUUUUUAUACAGCUUUUAUGUUUUAUCUUUGUGUUCAAAAACUGUUUUUGUUUCUUAUGUAAAAGAAAAAGAUAGAAAAAUAUGUAAAAAAAACAACAAAGAAAAACAAAAAAAAAAAACUACUAGCCAAGUCACAAAGAAAAUGGGUUGCACAUAGACUUAUGGAAUAAAGUUUAAUUUGUGAUUUUGUUGUUUCUAAUCUUGAUGUAAAUUUACACUAUUUAUAAAUACAUAUUUAUUGCUUGAAAAAAAACAAAAACUUUGUGGAUGGAAUGCUGUUAUUUUUUCCAGAGUACCUGCCAUUAAAAUUUGAAGGAGUCCUCUGUCAUUUUAACACGACUCCUCCUACAUUUUCUAAAUAUAUAUAAAUAAAAAUUUGCUUAGCAAAGCAUUGUGUACAGAAACGGACGUUUAAAAAAAAGUUUGUUUUAUUUGUUUUGAAGAAUGUUUUAUGACGAGUCAAUAAACACAAAAAAGUUGUCAAAUGA